UCCUCUUUCAUCUGAAUCUUCUUCGCUCAUUCGUUUCUCACUGCAGUGCUCGUGUUUCUUGUUCUUGUGUGUUCGUCGUCGCCAUGCCGUUGGGACGCACUCCGAGCCUGAAGAAAUGGCUGGGUGACGCAAGUCCUGGCUCGGCUCGCCGCGCCGACAAAUCUGCAUCACCCAGUAGCAGCAGCGACUCGCCGUCAAGCCAAUCUCGUUCGCGUAGCAAGACGAAUCCGGACGAACGGUCGAAAAAGCGGCGACAAUUACCCUCUCUUCCGCUGCCUGGCUCGCCAAAGACUCGUCGCAAUGCAGCCAGUCCUCCAUCGAAAUCCCCCUUGAUAUCGCCACGGGCCGACGAGGAUUUGAAGAAAGCCACGGAGCCGCGACAGCACUCCGAUACCCUGCAGCAUCUGGACGAUUUGAUCGAACGACGUCAGUUCAGCUCGUGUGUAGACGUCGUGCGCGCUCUCAACGAUGACAAAUUGCCUGCCGUCUAUCAGCAAGUACCUCGCUACGCCAAGCUGGGUCGCGAGUUCAGUCCGGACAUACACUUUCUUUCCUUCCUGCACACACUCCUGGAUGGUAUAGCACGCUCGAUGGACGAUAAAAUGAAUGGGACGACGAACGAACAGCAUCCUAGCAGCGGCGAAGCGAGUUCGUCGAAAAUGGAAUUCCCGGUACGUGCUUGCCACGACUUGGUUAUUCAACUGGGUCUGUUCCUGGCGACGACCGAAGCAGCGCCUGCAACAUCGUUUGUCAGUGAAGUCAGAGCAGUGCAAAAGCUUCUAGCCCUAAUCUACGUAAACGUGCCCGACCUGGUCACAGCGCUGGAGGCCCGACAGGAGAACCUUACCACAGCACUGGCCUCACUGCGACGCAAACCCAAGGUCAUUACCAGAGACAGUAAUGCCGUGGAGUCUCCCAAAGAGCCGAAAACUCGCCGUGCCACGUUCACCGCUCGUCAGUCACGUCAUGACCAGCAGCAGGCCGCAAACAGAAAGGCACUGGUUGGGUCGGGCGGCCGUCCGUCCGCGGCAGCAAGCCAAGCCAAAGUUGUGGACGAGGCACACCGCGGUGUUCGUGACGCAAUUAACGCCACCAUGAAGGAGUUGAGUGCUGCUCUAGAAAAGCUUGACUCAGCUGUACCAAUGCAGAAGAUGGCGCACGCCCCAAGCAGCUCUGACGUCUCUCGGUCACACAAAGGUUCCACCGCCGCGCCAGCAGAAAAGGGCGGCCGGAGCACUGCCGCUACCGCAGGUCAAGUACAGGGAGCUCAUUAUGAAGCGGCCAACUCCCGGCACGCACCCGCCGUGAUGCUUGAUCUGACAGAUUUGCAGAACCGCUUCUUUGCCACCCAGUCGGUGUUGAACGUGCUAAAGAAGGAAACAAUCACCGGCUUACUGGAGCAACUCUCUGAGAGAGCUGCAGCGGACAAGCAGAUCAUGGAUGCCGUGGCCCGCAUGAAGCAGGACUUACCGAGUGGUGUAUUCAAGAACAACGUGCCACUUGAGCCAAUGCUCUCUAAACAUCUGCAUGCAAUUGAGCUAGUCCUGGAUGUACUCAGCUCCAUACCUUCUACAACCGCGUCGGCAACCGGAACGCCAACUGGACAAGGAGCAACGCGGCGGGAUCUGUCCCCUCCUAAUAGCCUGCCCUUAGACGGUUCUAGUGCGUUAGACACAGCGGUGGGAACAUCAGCUGGCAAUAAACAAUCACAUGGUUCUGCUGCGACAACAAAUGGCCCUAUACACUCUACCGCUGUUUCUGCGGGUAUGGAUGAUAGUACACCAACCUCUGAAUCGCCUAGCCCAUCUCUAACUAGUGCAGGACAACAGCAGUCGGAGCAGUCACAACACCGCCAGCAGCAGCGGUCUGCCGAGACACCAUCCUCCCCCGUGUAUUCAGUUGACAGUGGUGUGUUGAUGUCACCUUCGCAUACCACUCACACAGCCUCCUCGAUAAGGCCAAAAUCAGCACCCGCCAAGCAAGGAACACCAUCGUCAUUGCGACCUCAGUCUGAGAGCACCUCUACACUGACGGACUAUCCCAGUGUUGAUGAGUUGCAAGCUGAACUGGAGCAGGCCCAGAAGGAGUUACUUCAUUCCUGCGAAACUGUCAAUGAACUGAGACGCCGUGAGAAGGAACUAACUGAUAGGUUAGCAGAGCAGGCGCAGAGACAGAUAGCGCUGAGUGGCAGGUUUGAAGCCGUCAGCCACCAGCCUAGCUCUCGGACAACGCAGCUCAUUGAGCAGUUUGCCGAUCUUUACUCACAGUCGAGAGUUGAGGUGCUGGAUGCAUUGGCAGAGGUUGACGGAGACACUCUGGGAAUGCCAUCGACUGAUGACGACGUCGACCAAUGGCUGGCACGCUUCAUCAUCCAUGUUGUGGAGGUCUGCUUCGUGGUUGCACGCCAAACAGCCAAGCAGCGCGUUCAGGGUGUCAUGGAAGUCCUCACCACAAGCAGAACGCAUACAAGCAUCCCCAGCAGCAUAGGCCAUGGUGGGGGUGCUGAAGGCGUAGAAACUGAUCUGCAGACUAGACACUUAGAAGUAGCCCUACGUGGCUACAUGCGAGAUCAACACUGGCCACAGAGCGAUCACAUUGAUAAUGCUACUCAUGCUGUACUGGAGAGCGUGUGGCAAAGCUACCCGGAUAGCCGCAAGCUGGAGAGCUACCCAGAACUAAUACAGUUUAUACAGGAGAGUCUGUCACUGGCAUGGAGGCUGUCUCUUCAGGUGCCGGAGAUCUAUCCGUUUACCGAAGCACAGUUCUACCUUCCGGACAUGUUCAAUCAUUUCUACAUGUCCGACCUCAGCAGUACGUACAUCCAGUACUACUUAUGGCCAGCUCUGGUGCAGGGAACCGAGCGGGUUGUUCUCGCCAAGGGCGUUGUAGUUACUUAACU